AUGGCUCCCGAGCAUCUUUCGUCCCCCGAAGGUCCGGGCUCCCUCGCAAACGGGCUUGACAACCUCAUCGCCGACAACGAAGCAUCCUAUCACCGUCACACCCUACGCAUACAGACCGCCCGUUCCAUUUCUCACUCAAGAGACGAUGACGACAUAGACUUUACCUCCGACUAUGAGAUGUCCUCAGCGUCAUCCGGCUUCACCUCUCUUGAGGCCGCCACCAAGUAUCACGUCUUUGAGAACGGGCGGUAUCCGCUGCCCAAUGAUGAAAGCGAGCAGAAUCGAGAGGAAAUUAAGCAUUCCAUGACAAAGGUCAUUACCGGCGGUGCUCUAGGCAUGGCUCCCGUCGGCGACAGCCCUCAGAAGAUCAUUGACCUCGGCACUGGCUCCGGCGUGUGGGCCGUCGAAGCCGGCGACUACUACCCCAGCGCCCAUAUCCUUGGCGUUGACCUCUCUCCUAUACAACCUUACUUCGCUCCACCCAAUGUCGAAUGGAAGAUUGACGACCUAGAGGCCGACUGGCCUUCCGCCUAUCGCAAUACUGAUUACAUUCAUGGCCGCUGUUUUGUGAACACCCUCCGGAACCCCCACAAAUUGGUCGUCUCGGCGUACGAGUAA